UCCCGGCGUCCAUGCGCUACGUCUCUGUAGCUCAGUUAAACCCACUCACACACCCACGGCGGCUUGUUUUGCCCACAGAGAGGAAUUCCACGCUGGAUACCAACCUUCACUUUAAUGAUAUAGAUGUCAGAACGUUCAUUUGUCUUUUAUUUUAAAUCAAAUAGAUCAAUUUCCUGUUCAAAUAGUUAGCUUGUGGCUAACAAGUUACCUGUGAAGAAUGAAAACAGGCAACGAAAACAGCAGCAGCAGCAUCAUGGACAUGUUUGAGCAGGGCAAAGUGCUGAAGAUCUGUGCACCUAUGGUUCGAUAUUCAAAGUUAGCGUUCAGAUCUCUUGUCAGGAAGUACAACUGUGACGUCUGUUUCACCCCAAUGAUUGUAGCAACUGACUUCUUGCGAUCUGUCAAAGCCAGAGACAGCGAGUUUACCACCAAUGAACGUGAUCGACCCCUCAUUGUGCAGUUUGCAGCCCAUGAUGCUCAGACCUUGGCGGAUGCAGCUUGUGUGGUGGCCCCUUUCUCGGAUGGAGUUGAUCUUAACUGUGGUUGUCCUCAGAGAUGGGCUAUGUCAGCUGGUUACGGUGCAUGUCUCAUCAACAAGCCUGAGCUUGUUAAGGACAUGGUGCGACACGUCAGAAAUCAAGUGGACAACCCAAACUACACUGCAUCUAUCAAAAUAAGGAUCCACAAGGACUUGAAGAGGACAGUGGAUCUGUGUCAGAAAGCAGAGGCAGCCGGUGUCUCGUGGAUAACGGUCCAUGGCCGAACAGCAGAGGAACGCCACCAGCCAGUUCACUAUGACGCUAUAAAGACAAUCAAAGACAGUGUAUCUGUUCCUGUCAUUGCCAAUGGAGAUAUAAAGUACCUCUGUGAUUUGGAGUCUACUCACCAGCUCACUGGUGUGGAUGGUGUGAUGGCUGCCCGAGGAUUGCUGGCAAACCCCGCCAUGUUUGCAGGGUAUGAGGAUACUCCGUUGCAGUGCAUAUGGGACUGGGUGGACAUUUCCAUUGAACAGGGCACUCCAUUCACAUGUUUCCACCAUCAUCUUAUCUAUAUGCUGGAGAGGGUCAGCUCCCAGCCUGAGAGAAAAGUCUUCAAUUCUCUAUCUAGUACCUCUGCUGUUAUAGAUUACCUUCAGAACACGUAUGCCACAGUUCAAGAUCUUAAAAGUUAAGCAUUCAUGAAUGUUUUCAUUUAACGUUUAUAUGUUUCUGUUUUUAUGCCAAAUAAAAUUUCAUAUCUUUGCCUUUA